AUGCUCGCCACGACCACAACCCUGCGUUCCGCCGCCUCCGUCGGCCUUCGCCUCUCAGUGCGCAAUGCCUCUACCACCGCUAACACAACCUCCCCCUCCUCCGCGACUGCCACAUCCGCAAUCUCAACACCCACCCGCCCACACCUAGACUGGGACUCGUUCCUGCGCCUGCGAAAGGUGCGCCGCCGGUACAACCUCGUCUCAAGCAUCUUCAGCUCGUUGCUCGGCACUAGUGCGGGGGUUGGGUAUCUGGCAAACAAAGAGAUCGACCCGACGCAGAUGAUCAUGGGCAUGGAUCCAUUGAUCAUGUUUGGGCUGGCGACGAUUAGUUGUGGUGCCGCAGGGUGGCUGGCAGGGCCCGUGCUAGGGAGCUCAGCGUUCGGAAUCAUGAAUAAGAAGAAUCUAGGUGCUAUCGAGGAGAGAGAAAAAGAAUUCCUGCAGCACAUCAAGAAGAACCGCGUCGACCCCAGCUUCCAGUCGUUCAGUAACCCCGUCCCGGACUACUAUGGCGAGAAAAUUGGGUCGCUGAAGCAGUACCGACAGUGGCUCAGAGAUCAAAGAGCUUAUAAUCAGAAGAGCAAGAGCUUUUUGUAG